AUGACCGACCGUUGUGGCCGCCCGCAGGCCAACAUACUCCUUGUCAACGACUCCGGCGCAGUUUUCGAGCAGGCGGUGGACUGCAACAUGGAGUCGAAGUCCGGGGGGUACAUCGCCAGCCUUCUCCGCCCCGUCAUUGAUAAGAGGCUUGUGGAGAAAAGAGGGGAGAUGAUUACCUUCGUGCGCAACCACCACUUUACCCGUGCCUAUAUGAAGAAAGUGGGGGGGAAGCAGGUGCUCAAGCCUGCGGGAACCAGGUUCGGGACACAAUACAUAGCCAUGGCCCGGCUAUGUGAGGUGAGGAGUGGGCUGGCGGCGAUGGUGCUCAGCAACGAGUGGAAGGUGUGGGCAGCGGCGGACAAGGAUAGGAAGACAGCAGCUGAGAAAUUCAGGGCUGCUGUGAUGGAUGAGGAGUGGUGGGACAACUCCCUUGCCUGCCCCAUGCAUGUGGUUGGCCGGAUCCUGAAUCCGGCCAACCAGGAGGAGAGAAUUUUCAGGAACGAUGUGGAGUGCACGCGGGUGUUCAAGGACUACAUCGAGCGCCACUAUGACAACAAGACUUUCAAGCGUGGCAAGGAUGCCGCCCCUCGCCGCGCCUCCCUUGUGUUGCAGGAGGCAUUGCUGGCCUACAUCAACAUGGAGGGCAGCUUUGGCAAGCCGGGCGCUAUUUCUGCAAGGGAGGCAGUGAAGAAGGGGGAGAUGAGCAUGGUGCAGUGGUGGUCGUGGCACAGCACCGAGUAUCCUGAGCUUGCCGCCCUCGCAUGCCCGGUGCUCACUCAGCCCGUCUCGGCUUCCCCAUGCGAGCGUGGCUGGGCGCAGUGGGAAGGCGUCCACACCACCCGCCACAACCGGCUCGGCACGGUUGUGUCCGGUAACAUCCCGGAUGUUCCUAUCCCCCCCGGCUAUAACAUGGAUGAGGAGGAGGAUGACAUGCUGGGGGAAGAAGGAGAGGAUGCAGUGCUGGCGGAUGAGUAUGGAGAAGGUGUGGUGGUGGAAAGGCCCCGCAAGGAAAUCGGUUGUGGGGAAGCUAGCUAG